GUACCUUCUUUAUACAAAUUUGUAAAAUUGUUUAACUAAAAAGGUUUAUUGUUGAGUUAUAUGAAUUCUUGGUAACACAUAAAAGGUGUUUACCAAAUAAGCCCGUCAAUUGCAUAAUUUAAAAUGAUAUAAACAAUACAUAAAUUUGUCGAAGUAAUAGUAAAAGGUGAAGAUAAUAAAAAUACCAGAGCAGAUUCAACAGCUUCUUUUACAAAUGUGAAAGGAUUUAACUAGAGCACAAUUAAAUGUCCUUCGUUAUGUUUAUGUUACCUUUGGAAUACCAUCGAUGUGUUUAUUGGCUUUUGAUCGUACCAGAUGAGCUAGGUGAGGCAGUACCUUACCUGUGAAAAUGAUUUUAUUGGCCUAACGUUAAUAUUAAAAAAUACAUUUUUAUACGUUGUCUUUAAAAUGAUUUAAUAUUUAAACAAAGGUGAAAGGAUAAUAUGUUGUAAAACCAACAAUUAAGCAAGCAAUAACAGUUUUAAAUUUUUCAUAAAAGUUUCAAAGAAAAAAGUCAAUAAUCAGUAUCGUUUAAAUUAAAUUAAUUUUUCUCUAAUUAUUUUUUUACUCUUAAACGCGUCGAAAAGAAGAAUAUUUAAAAAAAAUUGUGGAUAGCUCAAUUGUUUAUGGUUGAAAAUAGGUGGUGACGUGUUACUAAACAAUUACCUUUUUUGUUUUAUAUAUAAUGUGCCUUACCAGACUCAAACCUCACGAGUCGCCACUGAAUAAAUAUAUGAUAUAUGCUUUUGUACUUGGUACAACUUAAACCUAAAAAGUAACAUAAAUAAUAAUGUUUUAGACAUUUUACAGCAAUGCAAAGUACAAAAGACCACUUUUAUCUGGUUUUCAAUUCCCAAAAUUACUUUAUAUUAUUAUGUGUUGUUUACAAAAAGAAGAUUUGAUCAUUCAGGAAAACUCAUCUUCAUUUUCCGACUAUUCUGUAACAUGCCUCAGUUGCAUCACUUCAAGGUGCUGUGACAGAAGUCCGUCGCAAAUCUUAUGUGGCAGACAAGAGAAGGAAUCCGUUGCUUAACCCGAUACGUUUUUUCUUCUCCGUUUACCACGAUGCCUUAUACAGAUUACCUCUAUAAAAACAAAGUGCUGCACUGAUUCUGUUCAGUAAACGUCCGCUAAGUUGGUUUAAACAAUGACAUUAUCCAUUUUCUUGUGGAUUUUGAUGAUUUCCCUGGCCUCAGCUGAAUUGGACUACGCCGAUUUAUCAUAUGGGGGGUUGUUAAAAGCGUCUCCUCUCUUGCCGGCCCCAAUUUAUCCAGCACCCGUUCACGAACCCAUCUACGAAGCUCCGAUCCUGACCCCAGAUCCGAUUCUUAAAGCCGCUCCGAUUUUAGCUCCCGCCCCGAUUUUAGCUCCCGCCCCGAUCUUCAAAGCCGCCCCUAUUUUAGCUCCGGCUCCUAUUAUAGCUCCAGCUCCGAUACUGGCGCAUCCGCCGAUUUUGAAAGCCAUCGCUCCUGCCACAAGUUACGCCAGUAUUACCCAAUACCAUGUCACCCACCCAGUUAUCAAAACAAUCGCUGUGGCGGCUCCGCCGCCCAUAAUAAAAACAUAUCUGCCUGAGCACGGAUACCACUGA